GAGCCCCGCGCCCGCCGCUGCCGGACCCGCGCCGCCGCCGCCGCCGCCGCCUCGGAGCACCAGGUCCGGGAGCCAUGGGCGGGCACGGCCGGCACCGGGCGGCGCUGAGCCCGGGAGCCGCGGCGGGACGAUGAGCGGCAGCGGGCACCGGCGGGGAGCCGCGGUACCGGGCGCGGCCGUCGGGGCGGCGCGCCGGGGGCUGUAGGGCCGGGCGGCGGGCAGCAUGCCCGGCGACCCCUCGCCCACCUCCGGCCCAGCAUCCCCCGUCCGUGGCGGCGCGGGAUGAGGCUGCCCGCCGCCCCAGCAGCUCCGGGGACGGCUGCAGCCCAGGGCUCCGGCCCCCCGCGCCCCGCCGCAGCACCCCGGCCCCGCGGCGCUGAGCCAUGGUCAGCCGCGAGCCCGUGCCCGGCCCGGCCCCCGCCGGCGAGGGCAGCCAGGAGAAAGCCAUGACGGUGCGCUCGGUGCUGCUCAACCGCGACUCGCCCGACAUCGAGAGCCGCCUCAAGCGCCGGCGCAACCGCACGCAGCAGGUCCGCUUCAAGGACCUGGUGGAGGCCGGCGCGGGGCGGGCGGACAGCCCCGGGCCCGCGGCCGGCCCCGGCCACAACACCCCACGUGCCUCGCCGCCCCCCAGGGACCCCCCUGAGCCGGCGGCUCUCCGUGCCUCGCGGCGCAGCUGGCCCCAGGCGCAGCCCGGCUCGCUGACGCUGCCCAUGCCCAGGAAGGCGUGCAUGAGCACCGCCAUCCAGACCUCGCCCAGCCUCCAGAAGCCCUUCCCGGCCCCCCAGCCCCGCAGCAAGAGCGUCUGCGAUGUGGCGGAGGACGCGCUACCGCCCGCCGCGGCGAGCGCCCGGUGCCCGGCGGCGGCCGUGCCCACCGUGGCCGGCUGGGCCGUGCCCCCGCGGGCCCCCGGCGGCCUCCCCGGCCACGACCCCACCGCGGGCGUCGCCCUGCACGCCAAGACGCGCCGCACGCCGCCACCGCCACCACCCAGGGACCCCCCUCCCCCUUACCGGGGCACCGCCGGGUGCCCCGCCGCCCCCUGCGCCCCUCCGGUGCAAAGCUGCGCCCCCGAGCCCUGCCCGUCGCCCCCAACCUGUGCCCAGCUCCGCGGGAGCCCCCGGGGCAACCACGGGGUCGCCCCGCGCCCGGCCUCCGUGCCCUGCGGCCAGCCCCGGCCGCCCUCCGAGCAGCGGGGGCUCGGCCGGAGCGACUCGGAGCGGAGCCUGCCCUGCGGCCGCCCGGUGCCCCCGUGCCAGCCCUCGCCGCACCGCCGGCAGCCCGUCCCCGCCACGGACACCCCCGGCCUCCGCCAGCCACCUCAGGGCAACCCCCCGCGGGACCCCCCGGCCCCCCAGCACCAGCUCUGCGCCGCGCUCUGGGGGGGACCCUGCUGCGCCUCGCCAGCCCCCGUGCCACCGGCGCCGGACAAGACACCGGCCGCCCUCGGCACCUGCAGCCGGCUCCGCGCCGCCGAAGCCGGGCACGGCUGGACAGGACCUGAGGGGAACGGGGAGCCGCCGUGCACGGCCCCGCGGGGCCCCAGCGAGGGGACACGAGCGGCCGGAGGGACGGCGGAGCCCCCCCGGCACGGACAGCCCUGCCCCGCCGCCGAGCAGCCGGACGCGCUGCACCACGUGCAGGACCUUCUGCAGCUGGUGGUGGUGGCCAAGGGGCCGGUGGGACCACCAGCGAGGGCUGAGGACGCCCGGACAUCUCAGGGAGAGGGCCCCCGGGGGCCCGGGGAGCAGGGGGACCUGCAUUCCCAGCUGCAGUCCCUGGAAGGGGUGCUGGAGACCAGCCAGCAAACCAUCCGGGUGCUGCUGGAUGUCAUCCAGGACCUGGAGAAGAAGGAGGCGCAGCGGGAUGGGCGCCACUCGUACCGGACCGGGCAGGACAUCGCCAACUGCGGGACCUGCCGGGACUGUGCCUGCAUCAUCUACAGCGUGGAGCACGAUUUCCGCCAGCAGGAAGGCCGCUUCCAGCGGGUGCUGAGCCACAUCGAGGGCGACACGGGGCCGAGCUCCCCCCCGACGGCGCUGGGGGCGGCGGGGGUGGCUCUGGGGGCGGCGGGGACCCCCUCACCGCCCAGGCAGGAGCCGUCGCCCGUGUCGAGGCUGCCGGCGAGGCUGGACGUGAAGAAAUCCCGGCGCAAAUGCUUCUGGUUCCUGUGAGCGCGGUGCCCGCCGAGCCCGGAGCGUGGGGCGCCGUCCCAGCACUGACCCCCUGCCCACCUCUCCUCCCUCCCUCCCACGGUAGGGUUUGGGUAGCACCAGCUUUUCUAUUUUUAACCAUUCCGUUGAACGCGGGGAGCUCGGGUGUGGAAACGGCGAGGGGAGCAGCGGCUGUAUUUAAGGAGAAUCCAAUAAAUUCCAAGGAGACGCUAUUUUUGUUACAUCCUCUCCCGCCUGUGCGCUUCUGUUCUGGAGGAGGAGGAGGAUGAGGAGGGGGCAGCGGCUGUUUCCCUGGCUCUCCCUGUGUCUGGGGUUCCCUGAGGUGCCCCAUUCCACCCCAGACUCAAAUCAGUGCCCUGCACCCCACAGCGGGGCUGCUCACCCGUCCCUCCCGUGGCUUCCUGCAGGAUAACUGGGAACACCAGGGGUUUCCACUGGGCACAGGCAGUGGGGAAUGCUCUCUGUGACACUAUGGCCCGGAGACAGGAGAUCUGUCCCCAAAACCCCCGGGGGAAAGGGUGGGCUGGGCAGGGGUCUCAUGGGUGGGGAAGAUGCACUGGCGGAUGGCGGGGAGUCAGGAAUGAGGAGUUCGAAUAUCCCAGCCUCUGUGGGGCUGCCACGGCAGGGAAAACUCAGCGUCGGGGUCCCAGAGCAGCAGUGGGUGUCUGAGCACACCCUGAGGAGUGCCUGUGGCGCAGCCACAGCUGUCCCAGCAGGGCCACCACCUCAGGAAGGAAAGGGGACAUCAUCCAGCCUCCUCCACAAGCUCUGGCCACCCCUGGCCACGGCGAGCGGCUGCUGCAGUCACGGAGGGAAACGGAGGGUGGGCAGGAGUGGCCGCAGCUCUCCAGGUGGUGCCCACAGUGUCAAACCCCACCCCGAGUGCCAGGGACACCCCCGGUACUCGGGGGCUGCGGCCGGGACAGCGGCCCAGGGGCACAACUCCCUUCUUGCCCAGCAGCCACGGGAUGGAUGGAGAGACUUUUGGUGCCCUCAGCCCUUCCCAGCAGCUGGAGCUGGAGGGUCUGGGACCCCCGACUGAGGCAGGGGCUGCGGGGAGAGCUGCCAGAGCGAGCAGCAGGAGUGCAGCACAGCCCAGGAUCCCUCCGUGCUGCCCUGGGCUGCGCUUCAUCCUCAUCCUCCUCGCCUCCAUCCCUGCCCUGGGCUGCAUUUCACCCUCAUCCUCCUCACCUCCAUCGCUGCCCUGGGCUGCAUUUCACCCUCAUCCUCCUCACCUCCAUCAC